ACGGUCACCAACGCCUACGAGGGCAACAAGAAGUCCUGAAAGAGGAAGAGGUGAGCAAGAUAUCGUUACCACUGUUGAUCGAUCUCUGAAAAUGAAUAUAAUUCGAAGUCUGAGAAAAGACUUCUCACGCCACCCAAAUGAGCCUAUUGCUACUUGGUUACUUCGAUGCUGGGACAAUGGGGCCAACAGCGUGUGGCUAGAUAGUAGAGAAGCUCACCAACUGGGUGGCAUUGCUAGGGACUCAGCCAUUGACAGAGGUAUUAGUACAUGCCAGAACCAGGCCUUCACCCUCUGGAAGAGGAUGUUGUUAGCUGUAAGAGAAAGAUACCCCUUCAAAGACGAUCUGAUGCCCGAGAAGAAGAAAUGGGCUGAUAUGGAAGAAGGCAUCCGUUAUUUGAGAGAAUGUGCUGUGGUGGAAACACUACAUAGCCCCGAUUUCAUUCCUGAUGAGCCAGACCAAGAGCAUGAUCCUGAGAGAGCCAGGUGUACACCAAAUAUGUGGCGUACAUUCACAAAGACUGCACCAGAAAGGUACGCCAGUACAUUUGCAGCUAUGUAUGGCAGAGGGGAAAGAAGACCCCUUAUAAAUGAGUUGGUUAAUAAGCUUCAAGACUUUGAGUUACAUUUAAGCCCUCUACGAGCUUGUGUUUCAGCCAUUGAAAAAGUAGCUGAAAAGCUGGACAGAAUGGAGAACAAACAAGAAGAUAUAAUAGAUAAACUAUCAAUUAUGCCUGAUGCCGAUGAAUACAUGGUGGUAACAGAUACAUCCAAUGAGGAACAGAAUUCCCAAAACAGCCUACUUGAGGGGCUAGCCAACUUGAUUUCCUCCCAGUCAGUGUCAUCCAACGUCUCAGCUAUCAAAAGAAGACGUCUUCCUGCUCAAACAAGCGACAACAGUAAGACCACGUCACGUUUUGCCUUGUGGCAUUACCUACGCGACCAUGGAGAAGAUAUGAAGAAGUGGCAUAAGCAACCUACUCCUGCACUUCAAGCACGGGUAAAAGAGUUACAAGACAAAUCAACCACCAAGGUGAACUUCUCCAGAAAGGUGAUUGCUCCAGUUGCUGCAGACAACAGAGGUAACAAAUAG